AAAGAGCUGUCAGGGAUCUGUGCUCAGUGUGAACGUCACAUCGGAACAGAGGGCGGUGGGAUGGACCAAGCAAUAUCUUUCAUGGCACAGGAAGGCACUAUAAGUGAUUCAAAUUUGGAAUCGUUCAAGCUUCAUGACCGAGCCACUCAUGUAUUCAGUGAGGCCAACCGUGUACUCCAGUUCAAGCGUAUCUGUGAUGAAAAUCCGAGGGAUGUACUCCAGCGCCUCGGAACUCAUAUGACGGAGAGUCAUGUUAGCUGUCGAGACAUGUAUGAGUGCAGUUGUACAGACUUAGACAAACUUGUCGACAUCUGUUUGGAAUCUGGUACUCUGGGGUCACGCCUGACUGGUGCCGGUUGGGGAGGUUGUGCGGUUUCCAUGGUACCCAUGGAUCAGGUGGAACAAUUCAUACCAAAGGUCAAGGAAAAGUACUAUGCAGUUGAACCUUCCAGGGCUGCUAAAGUGUCGUCUGCUGUAUUUGCCACACAACCUGGAGGAGGGGCUGCCAUUGAUAAAAUGUAAAUUGGUGACGAUGUACACAUGAUAAAAAUCAAGUUUCCGAAUGAAUGUUUUUAUGAUGAUAUGACAAAAAGGUUUCAUGACUGCAAAUAUUAUAUAUCAAAAAUGCACAGCUCACUUUAUACAUACUCUUUGUAUGCAUAAGACGUGAAUGUGUUGUGAUCAUUGUAUAUCUAAAUUGAUUUUAAUCUCUAUAUAUACAUAUGUAAUUGAAAAGUUUAAAUUGUAUAAAUUAUACUUUAACAUUAGAUAGUAUGAAGUCGAUCAGUGGGGUUUCAUGUUUAAUGAUUUUGAAUGGCUAUGGGUAGUGUACAUUUUAGGAUGGGAGAGAUCUUCAGCUUUUAAUUAUCUAAUAACAGUUGUCAGGAAAGUCACAGGCAAAUUCUUCAUCAGAUUGUGAUUCAUCAGAUCAUCUUUUGUGAUCUGCCAUAAAGGCCACGUAAAUAUAGCAAAAUCCCGUCUAUAAAGACCACCCCAUAUACACAAUGAUUGUAUAUAAACCUGAUAGCUAGAUCACCUGCAUUAAAGACCUUUUAUCCCUGCUCCCUGUGGUGACUGUUAUAGAGGUUUGAUAGUAUAUUGAAUAAACCGUUAUGUUAUAUUUCUUACUCGUGAGGAUAGCCAUGUCUAGGGGUUUGAGGCCCUGUGUUCAAUUCCAGGUCAGGUCGUUGCAUUUUCCGUCUCCAAUCAUCCGUGAAUAAAUGUCUCCUAUAAUGUCCCCUUAUUAAACAAGUUGUAAAUUAUGUUAAAAAGAAUCUAAAAAAAAAUUCAUGUGACAAGAAUGUUUACAAAUCAUCCAGUAGAUAAGGGAAAACAGAUCAAGAAAGAAAGGAUAAGAAACUUCUAUUGUGCUAAUAAAAAGGUGAUGGAAGCAAAGAUCCCUCUGGAAUUUCAUUUACUAAUGAUUAUAAUGAAAACUUAUUUCAUCAGUGCCAAAUUGUUACUUUCUCUUUUCUGUGCAAUAUUCAUAACUUUAUACUAGUCAUACAAUGUAUGCCUUAGUUCAUACUCUGGAUCCGAGGGGAUAAGCCUGUAUAUACAAGUUUCUGGUUAAUCAAGAUAUAUUAUUAGAUUUGCAUACUCGCCUGUAUAUACAAGAUUCUGGUUAAUCAAAUAU